AUGACGAUGAGCGACCAUGCUGAGGAAGAGGAAGUGGCACACCGGCUCGGGGGAAAAAGUCGAAGGGAAAAACGUGUCUCGUUUCCCCCGGAUGAGGAGAUGGUUUCGGGAUACGCUGAGAGCAAGGACGCGCGACAGGACGGCGACAGUCGAAACCUGUCGGAUAUCAUUUCGGCCUACGAGCGGAGCUGCGCGAAGCACAAAGUCGCACCCGAUCCCAGGACACUGGACCAAAUCAAGACACCCCAAGUUUCUCAGCAGAACAUCACCCAGAGUAGCACACUGCCUCCACAGGCUCAUCGUCUGCCUUUUGUGCAUCCUGGUGCCAUUUUUUCCCCAGGUGUUCGUUUGGAUUAUCGCAUGUGCGAGUCUCUGGAGGAGAUCCUGAAAUCCGUCCGCUUUAAUCUGAUCAACCUGCAGGGGGCGGAGCUUGAGGAAAAUGGAGCCUCGUCACUGAUGGAUAUGAUUUCCUACUACGAAUCAGCCACACAUCUGGAUGUGUCCUCUAACACGGAUAUGGGAGUCUCAGGGUGGCAGGCCCUCUCACGUUUACUCAUACAGAGCGGAUGCUUGUGGAGGUUGGAUGCCUGUAACAUCCCCAUCGAGGAUUAUCCUGCACAGGCCCUGUCGAGAGCCCUGCUAAGCAGCCGACUGACAGUACUGCACCUUGAAAACACUGGACUGAGUGGAAAGCCGCUCUUCACGCUCGUUAUCGCACUUUUUGUCCUAGCGGCUCCACACGCUAAGAUUAUUUCCCAUUUCUUUCUCGGAGUUUGCUCUCUAAAGAAGAACAUCGCUCUGCAGGAACUCUACCUGUGUGAUAACGAGCUCAACAGCUUCCACGACGCCAUGCAGUUAGGAGAGCUUCUCAAAUACAAGCGCACUCUCCGAACCCUCGACCUUACCAAUAACGCCAUAUCAGACUCGGGUCUUGAGGAGCUCUGUGAUGGUCUGAGAGUUCAGAAGUCUGGUUUGAGGACGUUAGUGCUGCAUAACAACCGGAUUACUCACCGCGCCAUGACUCAUCUAGGAAGUGUUCUGCCUCUGUUGAGAACGCUGGAAACUUUGGACCUUAGCGAUAACGACCUACAGGACAGAGGGAUGCACGUGCUGAAGGAGGCGCUAAUCAGUAAUCGAUCGAUUACGCGACUCGGCCUGGCCUCCGUAGGAAUAACGUGUGAGGGUGCCGUAGUGUUGGCCGAGUUCUUGGCGGAGUCUCGGUUCCUCCAAAUGCUGGACGUGAGCCAGAACCUCAUCCUCACCGGAGGCCUGAUGGCUUUCGCGCUGGCUCUGAAGCUCAACCGUACUCUCGCUCAUUUAGACCUGGACCGAAAUCCAAACGAGGAGGAGGAUGAGUUUCUGAUCGAAACCCAGAAGGACCUACUGAGCAGGAUCUCGGAUCUGUGCGCGGCAAACGCAGAGGCGGCCUCCGAGAUGGACCGGGGCUCUGCUGCUCUGUUCAAUCACGACGACUGCGACGGGAAAGAUAACAGCGGCGAAGCCGUCGCUCGCCGGGUCCCUGCCCAAACACUUGCAAGCGCAUAAGAGAAAUAAAUACGCCACGAAUAACCCGUAAACUCGGAUUAAUAAAGCUGAAGCGUCUCCCGUUCCUAAUGAAGCCGUGGCCUCCCUGCUGUUUCCAACCUAAUGUUCCUGCUGAGGGCUUUUUUUUUCUUUUCUUUAGAAAAAACCUGCUCCGAAAUGUGAAUUACCUUGAAAACCAACAGAAUGCUUUUCUUUCUUUUGCGCUUUUUGUCACUUUAUUAGAGCGCUGAGUCGGUUCUGUUCGCCAGGCUUCCACCUUCGCUUAAAGUAAAAGACCAAAGUGUGUGUGUGUGUGUGUGUGUUAAUGUAGUAAAACACCGCAUAAUUUACCAAAAAAAAACACUAUUUCUAUUCUCUCACUCGAGGAGAGAAACACGACGUGUGGGAAGACGAACAUAUGUGAGGACGAGGAGGCCGCGAUUUACGUCGGCUCGUAUCCGAGUCUGCGAUUAGCGUGUGUAGCGUGUUACUCUGCGCGCUGAAUGCCGCGUUGAAAGAAAGAAAACGAGGUACGGUGAAGCUUCGAGCUGUGAGUUUAAAAGGUAUUGUUUAUGGAAAGAAUGUUGCAAUCACUUUCGGUUCUUUCUUUUUUUUCUUCCACUUAGUAAAACUCAAUUAUUACACGGAACCUAUGUUUACAGCGACGUGAAAUAUAUUCACUAUAUAUAAAUAUAUAA